AGUAGUAGUAGUAGUAGUAGUAGUAGUAGUAGUAGUAGUAGUAGUAGUAGUAGUAGUAGUAGUAGUAGUAGUAGUAGUAGUAGUAGUAGUAGUAGUAGUAGUAGUAGUAGUAGUAGUAGUAGUAGUAGUAGUAGUAGUAGUAGUAGUAGUAGUAGUAGUAGUAGUAGUAGUAGUAGUAGUAGUAGUAGUAGUAGUAGUAGUAGUAGUAGUAGUAGUAGUAGUAGUAGUAGUAGUAGUAGUAGUAGUAGUAGUAGUAGUAGUAGUAGUAGUAGUAGUAGUAGUAGUAGUAGUAGUAGUAGUAGUAGUAGUAGUAGUAGUAGUAGUAGUAGUAGUAGUAGUAGUAGUAGUAGUAGUAGUAGUAGUAGUAGUAGUAGUAGUAGUAGUAGUAGUAGUAGUAGUAGUAGUAGUAGUAGUAGUAGUAGUAGUAGUAGUAGUAGUAGUAGUAGUAGUAGUAGUAGUAGUAGUAGUAGUAGUAGUAGUAGUAGUAGUAGUAGUAGUAGUAGUAGUAGUAGUAGUAGUAGUAGUAGUAGUAGUAGUAGUAGUAGUAGUAGUAGUAGUAGUAGUAGUAGUAGUAGUAGUAGUAGUAGUAGUAGUAGUAGUAGUAGUAGUAGUAGUAGUAGUAGUAGUAGUAGUAGUAGUAGUAGUAGUAGUAGUAGUAGUAGUAGUAGUAGUAGUAGUAGUAGUAGUAGUAGUAGUAGUAGUAGUAGUAGUAGUAGUAGUAGUAGUAGUAGUAGUAGUAGUAGUAGUAGUAGUAGUAGUAGUAGUAGUAGUAGUAGUAGUAGUAGUAGUAGUAGUAGUAGUAGUAGUAGUAGUAGUAGUAGUAGUAGUAGUAGUAGUAGUAGUAGUAGUAGUAGUAGUAGUAGUAGUAGUAGUAGUAGUAGUAGUAGUAGUAGUAGUAGUAGUAGUAGUAGUAGUAGUAGUAGUAGUAGUAGUAGUAGUAGUAGUAGUAGUAGUAGUAGUAGUAGUAGUAGUAGUAGUAGUAGUAGUAGUAGUAGUAGUAGUAGUAGUAGUAGUAGUAGUAGUAGUAGUAGUAGUAGUAGUAGUAGUAGUAGUAGUAGUAGUAGUAGUAGUAGUAGUAGUAGUAGUAGUAGUAGUAGUAGUAGUAGUAGUAGUAGUAGUAGUAGUAGUAGUAGUAGUAGUAGUAGUAGU